AUGGCGGUUAACCUCAUUGAUGCUUCCUUUAAAGCAAAACGUUAUUGCAAUAAGAAAAGCAUUAAGCAUAUGCCUGGUAGCCCACUUGCUUUGUGUUCAGAAGCCCGUUAUCUUAUCAUUAGGCUUCCUAAUUCCGAAUUCAUCAAGUUAUGUUAUCGCAUGCUGAUUUUAGCAUUGGCUUUGGCUUCUUUCACAUUCGUAAUAAAAUCAUCCUUCAUUGAAAGAAUCUCUUCCGCUUCCACUUUCACCCACCAAGCCAUGUCUGAUUCUUCUCUUGAUCAUUUCAACUAUGAUUCAGUUAACAUGUUAUUCCGUGACUUGACCAACGAAGGUCUCAUGAAGAAAACAGAACAAAGAGCUGUUUUUCUAAGCAACAAUGUUAACCAGCAGGGAGAGACAGGGUCUCAGGUUGUCACUGAUUACGACAUGGACAUUGUUCCAUUGAAUGAUUUGGAGAAACAGAACUCUGUAUUAGACAACACAGUAGACUUCAUCUUCACCUCUAAUUUCCCUGCAUCUUCGAAAUUCAUCGAGAGGACUCUGAAAACUGGUGGUGUUGUCACCGUUCUCAUGAACGACAACCCCUCCACCGCGUUUUACAAGCCCUCUAACUACAAAAUCGUUUACAUGAGGAGGUUCGAUUCAAUCGCGGUGGCGAUGAAGAAAACCGGUGGCCCUGUCGCUGUUGAUAAUAAAGUUCCAAACUUUUCCGCUGCACCGAGAAAGCUAUGCGGUUAUGCAUCGGAGGCAAAGAAAGCUGCGUUGAAGAAUCUAGAAGAUGUGCUCCUUGAGCCACCAAGAGCAGCAUCAGGGAAAUCACGUAAAUACUUGAAGCGAACACGUUACCUUCCAGAUUUGAUGGGUGAUUCUCUCGAGAGUUACCCUCGAAGGGUUUUCAUCGACGUGGGGUUGCCGGAGAAAGACGGAGGAAGCGGAACCGAUUGGUUUCCGAAGAACUACCCAACAAGGAACAAGGAUUUUGAGAUAUAUAAGAUAGAGACGGUGGCGGAGGAACCGUCAGGGAAAGAGGUGGCUCAAAUAGGAAUGUCAGAUUGGCUUAGGAAGAAUGUGAAAGAGGAAGAGUAUGUUGUGAUGAAAGCAGAGGCUGAAGUGGUUGAAGAGAUGAUGAGGAGUAAUUCAAUUGGGCUAGUUGAUGAGCUUUUCUUGGAAUGCAAGCCACGUGGAAACAACGGAGAUAGAAGAAGUCGAAGGGCUUAUUGGGAAUGUUUGGCUUUGUAUGGUAAGUUAAGGGAUGAAGGUGUGGCAGUGCACCAGUGGUGGGGUUAGAAAUGAAACAGAGUGGUGUGUGUGUGUGUGUGUGUGUUGAAUUUCUAUUUGAAAGAGAGAGUGAGUAUUGUAUGUGUAGGUUAAGUUGAAGACUUUGCAAAAGAGUUGAGGUUUCAGAGAGAUAGAGAC